UGCUCUGUUGUUCAGUCACUUUUAAUGGCUACUGGAUAUUUAACUUAAAUUGUGACAAGUUACAAUACUUCCAUUUAAAAAGAAAAUAUAAGCAAAAUUUAUCAGUUAUGCUGACAGUGUAUAAAUGAUAACAAUAUUGAAGUGUAAUAAGACCUGAUAAUAGAACAAACAAGUCAGGACUCGGAGAUAUUAAUAUCCCCUAUCUCAGUUGAUUUCAAAAGUCAACAGGUAUUUUCAUAUAAACUCCCCACACGAUAGGAAGAUAAUAUUGAAAUAAAUUUGUUGACUUUUUGAUUUAAUAACAGGCCAUACACACACUAACAAAGGUGUACCAAUUAGUCCAUGUGUAAAGUUUAAACAAAAUAUUUGUCUUGUAGCAGAAUUGUUCAGUGAGAAAGAACUGUGUGCCUUACCUGCCAUGAGCAGUGUUCAUUUUAGUAAUGAUUAGUAAUGUAGAAGACCCCAAGGAUUAAUUAGUCAUAAUGGUGUAGGAAAGGAUGCUAGGCUCUGAAUGGGUAUCGACAAUACCAAUAUCACAGAGAGUAAGGUGACCUGAGAGUCGAGAUCAAUAUAAGAUCAGCCUCUUAAUGGUGACUCAGAGGGCAUUUUGUUUUACCUAUGGUAAUAUUAAUAUUAUCAUUACCAAAGUUUAGGUUUUUAAGAAAACUUUCCCAUACCUUUCAGUCAACACAUGCAUGUGUAAGUGUCAAGCAAUAUGAUUACACUCUGGUAUUGGUAUAUUGGUGCACUGCACUUACCUGUCUAAUUAAAAAGCAAUGAAGCCUCAUGAGUCAUAUAUAUGUGUGUGUCAUGCAGAAAAGGUUUAAUCUGUCAUGAUCUGUUAUUAUGUGGAUAUUAGCAGGGGCAUAAUUUUACUGCAGCAGAAGAAAAACUGCGCUUAAUUUUUACAUAUGAGAUUGAAAAAAUUAUAAGUGCUGGAUCAGCGUAGGAUUAUUGGUUCAGGAAAGUUGAAGUAUUGUGACAAGGGAUCUGAUUACCAUGUCGCUGUAUUUGAUUAAAAGUUGGAGGAUAUUAAAAUGUGUGCUUGUGAUUGACUGCCACAAGUGGAAGUGAAACUUUGAUACAAAAGGAAAUAUUUGAAAUUGAAUUGGGGCAUAAUGAAGCCUAGUUUUCUAUACCAGGUAUACAUAUAUGUUUCUAUAUGCGGGCACCUACCUGUAUAAAGUGUAUGGUGUCAGGUGUGUGUGAUCAGAUGCAGGUGAGCCAGGAACUAGGAUCAAGAUGAGGACUCUGAGAGAAAAGCAGAGCACAGUUAGACAGCUUAUGUAUAAUUUACAGGUACCUCAUUGCUUAUACAGAGCUGCAAGUGCACUUCAGGAUUAUUAUGCUGCACAUUACAUAUUGGACUGGUUGAGGUUUUUUCAAUGCUGACAAUAGCUGUGUUAAUUUAUGUAUGAGUCUCAUUUUUUUAUGUCACCAAUGUGGAAGCAACAUCAAAAUGCUUGUUAUCGCUUGAUUUAAAAGCAUGGCAAAGUAAAGCCUAUACAGUGAAGGCAGAAAGGAGAGAAUCUUGGCUGUUCUGAUGGUGAUGUAUUGGCAGACAUGAUGUGAUAAAUGCUGCUUGACAAAAGACAUAUGAAAGCGUACACGUCAUGAACUUCCGUGAUAGGAUCUGUAGGAUGUAAUGUAAACUCUAGUAAUAAUCUCUGUCCUCUGGUAGCCCCUCAGUACCACUUGACACCAAGGAGAUUGUGAUAACUUCACUCAGUUAUAAAGGAGAAAGAGUAAUUCAUGACAAUCAGAAAGAUCACACACAGUGUGGUUUUAUUAUUUUGACUGGUUUUCCAUAUGGAUAUUUUUGAUUUUGGUAAAAUGUCAAACAAGAAAGUCAUGUAGGAAAUUUAAAAUGACAAGCAGCCUUACAGGUAUACCUGGACACUUCCCAUGGUAAUAAUGCACAGGGCGUGAUGUAUUAGACUGGGGUGGAGACCAUACAUCAUCAAGACUUAGAAAAUCAUUUGACCUUUCGAAGUUAACUUGGAAGUUUUCCUGUUACCAAUAAUAAGAGUGCGGUGGGAUGGCUGAUUUCUUCAUUUAUGGUCUUGUUGUUCAUUAGGAAAAGUGCUGCAAUUGAAAGUUGAUUUGGGGCUAGUCAAGUGGGCAAAUUGAGCUAUCUUCAAUGAGUUGACCAUCUGUACUGCAUCUUCUUGAAUAUGCCAGUCAGACUGAUCACUUCAGCAUAUACAGGACAUUGAAAGGGGAAAUUUGAAUUUCUGGGAGGCUCUGAAACAUUAAUUAUCCAGGAAGUGAUCAGAUAAUGCAUAUUUUUUAUUAACAUAUUUUGAAAAAAAAAAUAAUAACCUCGGCGAAACACAGGUCACCAUUGUUAGGGUCAAACGCUGAGUUGUUCCUAAAAAGUUGGUGCUCUGAGGACUUUUAUGAAGCAAUAUUGCUGAGAGUUGUUUCAAUGGAUCCAGCUGGUUUACAGGAGCUUCCACUGGGGCAGCUUGUGUUAGAUCCACACAGACUCCUCGACAAACUCCUUGUAGUGUGUCCCAAUGUGGACUACUGUGAAGAGGUGCUGCCCAGGAGUGAGUUGGAAGCACACUUACAGAACAAAUGUCGUGGCGCAGUCACUCGUUGUUUGAAGUCUCGUGCGGGCUGUCCUUUCCAGGGCCCACGCAGUGCCUUACAGUGUCACAUGUGGGAGUGCGCUUACAGGGAGGAAGAUGAGAACCUUAUGGUGCCAGUGAUAGAGGGUGAAGUGACCACCCUGGACAUCCCCAAGGGCAGCUAUGACCUCGGGAUCAGCAUUGUUGGGGGAUGUGAUACUCCUCUGAUGGCAGUUGUUAUCCAGGAAAUUUUUCCAGAGGGAGUUGUAGCAAAAGAUGGAAGGCUGGCUCAAGGUGAUCAGAUAUUAGAGGUGAAUGGGGAAGACUUGACCCUGGCCACUCAUGCUCAGGCCAGGCAGGCACUGAAGACACUCUACCCUAUAUGUAGGCUAACUGUGUAUAGGGAAAAGGCAGAGGAAAGCCAGCCCAUUGAAAAAGAAGAAAUCCUACGAGUUACCCUCAGUAAAAAGCAAGGGAAACAACUAGGCAUUAAACUGGUGGGGAAGAACAGGAGCGGGCCAGGACUGUAUAUCUUGGAGUUAAUUCAGGGCGGUCUAGCUCUCCAAGAUGGCCGCUUGAAGCCUGAUGACAGAAUUUUGGAAAUCAAUAAAACUGACAUGCUUGUUGGAACACAAGAGGAAGCCGCUAAAUUGAUUCAAUCGAGUAAAGACAAAGUGACAUUUGUUAUCUCGCGGAGGACUCGUCCGCAGACUCCUGAUCUCAUUCGUUCUGCCUCCAAGGACUGUGUAGCUCAAGCCAUUGCAGCCUUGGAACAGGAGGCCGACAAAUCUGUAGUUAGGAAGCAACCCAAAGAAAAGCUAGUGACAAUCACAAAGGACUCCUCAGAAAGCCUAGGUAUCAGUGUAGCGGGAGGACUGGGCAGCCAGCGGGGGGACGUCCCCAUCUACGUGUCUAAUGUACAGGCUGGCGGAUGCCUAGCCAGGAGCAAACAAGUCAAGAAGGGGGACAUCUUGGUGUCAAUCAAUGGCAUCAGUCUGAUGGACCUGACUCAUUCAGAAUCGGUGAAGGUGCUAAAAGCUUGUGCUGAGUCCAAGGCUGUGUCCCUGAAGAAGUUUGAUGGCACAGAGACCAGUGAUGGAGCCCUCAAUUUUGCUCCAUCCUGGUUGUUCUGGCUCAACUUGCCAAGCAUGUGUCAAACAGAAAAAAUCAUAAGUCUGGAGAAAAGCCAAAGUGGAAGCCUGGGAUUGGCCAUUGUGGGAGGAUGUGAUAGUAGUCAUGGCAACCAACCUAUCUUUGUCAAGUCUGUCGUGUUGAACACACCUGCUGCCAAAGAUGGGAGAAUCAGAUGUGGCGACACAAUCCUGUCAGUGAAUGGUCAGUGCUUACAGAACAUGACCCACGCUGGGGCUGUGGGACUGCUCAAGAGUCUGAAGGGGACUGUCACACUGACAGUGGUGUCCUGGCCAGGGACUGUGGUAUGACAGGGAGGAGUUUGAAGGGGACUGUCACACUGACAGUGGUGUCCUGGCCAGGGACUGUAGUAUGACAGGGAGGAGGAAAAACUAAACUAGACUAUGACUGUAUGUGUGUUCAUAUUUUGUAUCAUGAUGACCAGAGAAAUGUUUGUCAGCACUGAUAAAUAUUUUAUAUGCAGACUUUGUGUUUUUGUAUAUUUAGAUACUUUGUUAGCAAGGUGCAGGGCAUCUUACAAAUGUUUUUUGUUUUUAAAGGGGUUCCCGUUUAAAAGUAAUGAAGGCAAGGUGGUUAGCAGGAUAUUUCACAUAACAUAUAUAUCCUUAUUUUAAUUUAUUUAGUAAUAUAUACAAGAUGCCUUUACAGUGACAUCAUUACAAAAGUGCAAUUCUUCAUCUUGAUCAGGGUUUUAGCCACCUUAACUCUGCAAUAUGUUUUGGUUAACAAGUUAAAAGUUAUGAUAUUCAGACAGUUUAUAUAUGGCAUUUUAUCAGUUUUCUAUUUGUUUAAAGAGAGCAAGUUUGGUUCUAGUAUGCAUAUAACAGUGAAAAUAAUGUAUAUCACUUUACACAUUUUAAAAGUGUAUCAUUUACCUAUGUAUCACUAUGUUGUUAGUGAUUACACAAUACAAUAAUAUAUAUUUUGUUAUGAACUUGCCACCUAGCAUGGUAAUAUAGUAUUAAGUAAAGUCACAAGUAUUUUUACUGUGGUCACCAGCAGGGCUUACAAAGUUAAACCAAAUAAUGUUUAUCUACGUAGCUUAAGAAAGUUAGGGAGUUAAAUGUUCAUGGGUUAUACUGAAAAAUGAUAUUUUGCAUCAGGAAUUUAUAUCCGUCAGGAAUUUAUGGCAUGAUGCUCACAGACUUGCAGCAUAUGUAUUAGAACCAGUUUAUAAUUGCAUGUUAUGUUGUAUUAUCUGCAUUUGAUCUUUCUGUUAGGUUCAUCUUUGUCUUACAAUUUUAGUUUAAUUGUUUGUUGGUCUGCCAGACUAGUAGCACAACACAGCAAAGGUACCAAAGGUGUCACGAAGUUAAACAUCCUUUUGAACACCACUUGUCACCGACAUAUAAUUAUUUUUCAUCCUAAAAUAUGCUGUAAAUUAUCAUCAUAAAAUUUAUUCAAACAGUGGAUACGUAUGUAUGAAAUAGAAAUUACCAAUUUUACCAGGAAAGGGCUGACAUUUAUUCAUUUAUUUAGCUAACCCAAACUUUACAUCAUGCCAGUUUCUUGUGGCAUCCAUCUAUCGCGAGAAAUUAAUAGAAAAGUUAACUAAAACGUCUGUAAUUUUGUGUUAACACUUUGUGAGUUCCAUAUAUGUUAUAUAAAACUUGGUUUGUGAAUGUUUGAUUAUCUUACCUGCGUUUCUCUCUUUUAUUGCAACAGAAUUGCUUUAUGGGGUCUACAUGCAGUGGUAGUUUUUUGUUUAAUGCGUCACAUGUAUCAGUGUAGCAUUUUGAUGUACUAUAAAUAUUUUUUUUUUAAAUAUUGUGAUGGUUUCACACCUUGUUCCCCUACAUUCUUGCCAAAGUAUAAUUUCAGGGCAGUAUAUAUUAAGUUGCUAUGUUUACUCCGUUUUAAAGCACCUGUAAAAUAAGUCCUUAAUUAAAAUGGACAUAUCGUUAACAUUGUAUCAACUUCAUUUAGUUAAAAAAAUUUAUUAUGUGAAAAGUAGAGCAAGACAACAAAAAUAUGUAAU